AUGGCGGCGCUGUGGCGGAGGCGGGAGCGUCUCCUGGGAGCGGCGGGGCUGUGCCGUACGGUGCGAGCCCUCUCAGGAAAGAACGAGUAUGAUCUUCUGGUGAUUGGUGGAGGGUCUGGAGGCCUUGCUUGUGCAAAAGAAGCUGCUCAGUUUGGGAGGAAAGUGGCUGUUCUGGAUUAUGUGGAUCCCUCUCCACAAGGAACCACAUGGGGAGUUGGUGGAACGUGUGUGAAUGUUGGCUGCAUUCCUAAAAAGCUUAUGCAUCAAGCAGCCCUUUUAGGGAGUGCCCUUAAAGAUGCCCAACGCUAUGGCUGGAAUAUAUCCCAACCUGUUCAUCAUACCUGGUCUGUGAUGGCCCAGGCUGUUCAGAAUUAUGUGAAAUCCUUGAACUGGGGUCACAGAGUGCAACUACAAGACAAGAAGGUGAAAUAUUUCAACAUGAAAGGGAGCUUUUCUGAUCCACACACCAUCCGUGGUUUAACAAAAGCAGGUAAAGAGACUAUUGUUACUGCAGAAAAUAUUGUCAUUGCUACUGGAGGAAGACCAAAAUAUCCUACACACAUUGCAGGUGCACUGGAGUAUGGAAUCACAAGUGAUGAUCUGUUCUGGUUAAAAGAAUCUCCUGGAAAAACGUUGGUUGUUGGAGCCAGCUAUGUUUCACUUGAGUGUGCUGGUUUUCUGACAGGCAUUGGGUUGGACACUACAGUCAUGAUGAGAAGUAUCCCGCUUCGUGGCUUUGAUCAGCAAAUGGCAUCUUUAGUAACUGAGCACAUGGAAUCUUAUGGCACAAAAUUUUUAAAGCAAUGUUUCCCAACUAAAGUUGAAAAAUUGGAGAGCAACAGAUUGCAAGUCACCUGGAAAAAUACUGACCUGGGCACCGAAGAAACAGAUUCCUUUGACACAGUGAUGUGGGCAGUAGGCCGAGCCCCUGACACUAAAACUCUCAAUUUGGAGACAGUUGGAGUGAAAACUAAUUCUGAAACUGGAAAGAUCAUUGUUGAUGCCGCUGAAGCUACUUCUGUUCCUCACAUUUAUGCCAUUGGAGACAUAACAGAGGGCCGUCCUGAAUUAACACCCACAGCAAUAGCUGCAGGAAAGCUGCUGGCUCGGCGUCUUUUUGGCCAGUCUUCAGAACUGAUGGACUAUGACAAUGUACCUACGACAGUUUUCACUCCCUUGGAGUACGGAUGUGUUGGACUGUCAGAAGAGGCGGCCGCGCAGAGUUAUGGGUCAGAUAAUAUUGAGGUCUACCAUGCGUAUUAUAAACCUUUAGAGUUUACAGUGGCUGAAAGAGAUGCGACUCAAUGCUAUAUAAAAAUGGUGUGCUUACGGGAGAGAGAGCAGCGAAUACUUGGCCUUCAUUUCAUUGGCCCAAAUGCAGGAGAAGUUAUUCAAGGAUUUGCUCUUGGAAUCAAAUGUGGUGCUACGUAUCCUCAGCUCAUGAAGACAAUUGGCAUUCACCCUACCUGUGCUGAAGAAAUUACCAAGUUGCACAUCACAAAGCGUUCUGGCUUGGAUGCAACAGUUACAGGCUGCUGAGGUUAAAUACCAUCCCUGGAAAGAAGGAAAAAAAAGCACAAAAUAUAUUUGUAAAGAAAAGGGGCACUUAGAGUUGGAUCAGCUUUAAUGGUUCAAGUUCCAGGAAACUUUCUUGUUCUCCCUGUAGACAGGUUUUUAUCAUCACUGGACAAGGAAAUGGUCCUCACACCAUCACGGUUCUAAACCCAAGGCAGUUCCCUGUAACAAAUCUCUCUCUUCCCAAGUGCCAACAGCUCUUCUCUUCCUGGGAACUAAGGAAUAAUCACAGUUUUGUACAUGUAAAUGUAACUGAAGCCAGUGACAUCUGAGGCCAUCUACAAAUUAAACAGUUGUCAGUUGGGUUUCUCUGUUGGCACGACUGAUGGCCAACAGAAGUGUUUCCCAUAACGUUCAUACAACGGCAGGAGUCGGACAGGGCCUCCCGUAGAAUUUUGGGGAUGGUGCUUUCUCCGGAGCACUUGGGUAUAGCUCAUCACCGAUCCUAAUCUUGGACACUGAGGCUCAGUACUCACUAGUAGAAACACGUUCCCAGAGCAUGAAACAAUGGGUAAGGAAUCAUCUUUGGGUUUUUUCUUUAAAAUGUAGUACAUACAGGAAUUUAAUAGAAAAUCACUUCUCACUGAAUGUGCUGCUACUGGAUGAAUCCCAGUGGAUCAGUCAGUGGCAGCCUGCUCAUAACGUUAUGGUGAUGGCUGGGAAUGAAUGAGCUCAGAGGUGCUAAAGGAAGAGAUAAAUUUGAUGGUGACUUCUCUGCCUACUCUUGAAAUUUCUAAUUCUGUUCAAAUUCAGUUGACGCAUCUCACAAAUUACUGCUUGAACACCAUAUAUUAAGCAGUGCUGACAAGUGGAAUCAAAACCACUAAUAAUCCAACUCAUGCAGCAUUUUCCGUUUAAUGAAUGCAGAAAUCUGGCUGACACAGUGAUAUAUUUUUUUGGUUUGAUUUUAAGAUUUCCUCACUGAUGAGCUGGAUGCUACAUCUGAAUAGAUUUAGGUCUGGCUUUAAUAAAAUAUGUUACUGAAGGGAACUAUAUUAAACAGUGAUCUAGAGAGGAAAUGGUCCUGCUCAGAACAGAGAGACAAAAUAAUUAUCUGCAAACUUUUUUUUCCCCACCCCCCGGAGUAUUGGCCAGAAUAAGAAAGCAUUAAUCUGUUGCAAAUUUCUGCUUAUUUUCCUGCUAUCCAGAAGGGGGAGAUGCUGGCUAAUUUCUGGCAAUAAAGAAACAGAAAUCUGAUAGUGAAGCUUCUCUUGCAGAACCCUGUUAAAUAAGUAUCUUGACAAAGACAAACACAAACCAAACUGCGCUGAAUUUCAAUCCCA